UGAAGCAGUAUCAUUUAAAAUGAAGAACGCCAAAAGUCAGCUUCUUCUUUUGAUUAUUGCUUUUUGGGCGUCAUCAGAAGCAUCACUCAUCCGAUGCGAAAAAGGAUGGGUUCAAUUUGGAAAGAAAUGCUAUAAAUUCUCAUCUUAUACAGCGACAUUUAAAGACGCCAUGGUGAUGUGUAACAACAAUGGGGGUCGACUUUUAGAGUUGCAAAGCAGAGCGGAAGAAAACUGGGUCGAUUUACAUUGUCGCGUCAGAGGUUAUGGAUUUGGAGUGUGGCUGGGCCUGACUGAUCGUCAGAGAGAAGGUCAAUAUGUGGCCAUGUCUGAUGCUCGCAGACCACGCUAUAGCAACUGGGUGAGAGGGGAACCCAACAAUGGUAACAGACAGGAACACUGCGCCAUGUAUUGGAUCGCAAGAAGGGGAUGGAAUGAUACCGUUUGCACAGGAAGAAUGAACUAUGUAUGUAAGAAAUAA